AUGUGGGAAGAGAAUUUGCUUUCUCAAUUGAGAUCCCGAUAUGCACCACGGCGUCGCCGCCGCCAGGAUUCAGGAACGUCCAAAGCAUCCAAAAGGGCUCGCAAAAUUCCUGUCCCUGCUGAUGAGUAUGCAGAUCCAGAUAGAAUAAGUUCUUUACCUGAUAAUGUUCUUCGCCGUAUUUUAUCUUUUCUCGAUACAAAAUAUGCUGUUGCUACGUCUGUUUUAUCCACUAGAUGGAAGGAUCUCUGCAUUUCUCUUCCUAACAUAGUUCUUGACGAUUCUUUAACUUUCAAGAAAAGGAAAAAGAAUUUUGAGAAGGCAUUUGAAAAGUUUGCAUGUAAGCAAAUUGUGCUGCGAAAUGUACCUAAUAUCAAUCAAUUUCGCCUCAAAUGCAAUUUCAUUGAGGAUUCUACAAUUGGUGAUAUAGUAUGCGCUGCAAUCUGUUGCAAAGUUAAAGAGGUUGAUCUUUGGAUGGGAGAUAGCACAACUGUUGGAAUCUUACCGCUUGAACUUUUCGUAUGUCACUCACUGGUAGUCUUGAAACUAAGAGCGGCUGUUGAGUUAUUUGUCUGGGAAUAUGUCAGUUUACCUAAUCUAAAGGUGCUGCACUUGGUAGAUUUUAUGUUAGACGGCGAUCGCUCGAUGAACAGAUUAUUUCAGGGUUGUAAGUUUCUGGAAGAGUUGUUUCUAUCUAGGUGCUCCUUUGGGAAUAAUAGAGUACUUAAUCUUUCCUUUCCCUUGCUCAGAAAACUUUCUAUUGAUUAUGGUGAUGGUCAUUUCAUGGAUUUUCUUGGUGAUGGUAAUGCGAAAUGUAAACUUGUCAUUGACACGCCAAAUCUGGAGUUUUUUGAGUACCAUUGUCAUGAAAAUGAAUUCCACUUGGUGAAUAAUCUAGACUCUCUUGUUCGAGCGAAAAUUUCUUUCAUUUCAAAGUUGAAAAAAUGGGAAAAUGUAUCUGAGCUUUUCAACAAGAUGCAUGGAGUCAAGUCACUUUAUUUAUCAGAAAGUGCUCUAGAGGUCAUGUACUCCAAUUGUUCUUCACUGUCCGUGUUCGAAACUUUGACAUUCCUGGAGCUCAGUGCUUUUGACCUUCGAAUACUGCCAAACAUACUAGAAAGAGCACCUCAACUUGAAGAGCUUGUUAUUCAUAAGCAUGGCUUUGAUGAUGAAGCUGUUCUCUAUACGCUGCCAGAGACUCUGCCCGUGUGUUUGCUUGAACAUAUCAGGAAUAUUGAAUUUAAAAAAUUCAUUGGGUCUGAACAUGACUUUGAGCUGGUGAAGUACUUGUUACAGAAUGGAAAAGUGUUGAAAAGAAUGAAAAUUGCGGGGCUAGGACAGCCGACUUCAGACUUGUCGACAUCAACUUCCAAGAAAAUUUCAAUGUUCCCAAGGUGCUCGGAGACUAUUGAGAUUAUAUUUGAAUAUGAUGAUCAAAAUUUGGAAUUUAGUCCGUAA